CGCGUCAUCUGUGCGCAGUGCGGCGCUGUGCAAGUUACUCUCGCCUUUUUCAGUCACCAUGGCUUCACGUAGAGCCCUGCACUUCGUAUUCAAAGUGGGAAACCGCUUCCAGACGGUGCAUUUCUAUCGUGAUAUCCUGGGGAUGAAGGUUUUACGGCAUGAGGAAUUUGAAGAAGGCUGCAAAGCUUCCUGUAAUGGACCUUAUGAUGGGAAGUGGAGUAAAACAAUGGUGGGAUUUGGACCUGAGGACAAUCAUUUUGUUGCAGAACUGACGUAUAAUUAUGGCAUCGGAGACUACAAGCUUGGCAAUGAUUUUAUGGGUAUUAUGCUCACUUCUAGCCAGGCUGUCAGCAAUGCCAGGAAGCUGAAAUGGCCAAUUACUGAAGUUGAAGAUGGUGUUUUUGAAACCGAGGCUCCAGGAGGAUAUAAGUUCUACUUGCAAAAUCACAGUUCACCUCAGUCAGAUCCCAUACUAAAAGUAACUCUAGCUGUGUCUGAUCUUCAGAAGUCCUUACACUAUUGGUCUGAUCUGCUAGAAAUGAAAAUUUAUAGAAAAGAUGAAGAAAAGAAAAGGGCUUUGCUGGGCUAUGCUGAUAAUCAGUGUAAGCUGGAACUACAAGGUAUCGAGGGUGCAGUUGAUCAUGCAACAGCUUUUGGCAGAAUUGCCUUCUCUUGCCCUCAGAAAGAGUUGCCAGAAUUAGAAAGCUUAAUGAAAAGGGAGAACCAGAAGAUUCUGACUCCCCUGGUGAGUUUGGAUACUCCAGGGAAAGCAACAGUACAAGUGGUUAUCCUGAGUGACCCUGAUGGACACGAAAUUUGCUUUGUAGGAGAUGAAGCAUUUCGAGAACUCUCUAAGAUCGAUCCAGAUGGAAGCAAAUUGUUGGAUAAUGUGAGUCACACUCCUGGGUUUCUGUCCCAGUAG